CGACUGAUCAUCGUUGAAAAUUUUUUCCUCUUCUUCGCGUUAAAGAUUUACAAUUAUGAGUGAGGCCAAAAUACAGAAAUAAGAAAAGUCCACCACGCGGCCCUUCGAUAGAGCUCGUGUGUUCGCUUGAACAAUCAAAAGGGAGCUUUUUUUCUUUGAGAGAGGCAGGGGUCACACACUGCUCAGAACCUUACUCGAGAAGAGCGGAAGAGAUGUAGUUCGAAAGAAAAAGUCAAGCAAGUUUACUAAAGCUGUCCCAUUGUGUAUAACAGGCAGUGUUGGAAGACUCGUCGAGAAAAUCGGAAAAGCGAAAAUUGAAAUACAUAAAUCGUUAUUCUCGAAAAUCGAAACAGGGAAUUGGCCUCAAGGAGCGCCAAAGGAGAAGCCCUCACUCCCCACGCAGUAAGAAAGCCCAAAAAAUAAGAUAGACUUUGAGAAAUCCCAAAAUAAGAGACCCAUCCCAAAAAAUUUUCUUUUUCCCAUGGAUGGGUCGUGGCCUCGGGCGGAGAAAAAUCAUGGCAGAUCGGGCCGCGGCCGCGGAGGCUGCUCCUGCGAAGGAGCAGGAGGCCCCCUCCGAACAGCAGCAAGCGGAACCGAAAGCAGCGCCACCACCUGCAGAAGUGCCACCUCCUAAGGAAACUCCCGCAACCGGCGCUGCUGCACCUCCUCCAGUUGUGGAGGAAAUACCGAAAGGAAGCAAGGACGUCGAUACGGCAGUACCUCAGGAAAGUAAAGAUGUCGAAACGGCAGUACCAGCGCCAGAGGAUGAAGAGGCAGGCUCUCCCAACCACAGACAAAAGUUCGCAGACCGAGCUGCAUUUGGAGCAGCACUUGCAAGGCAACGAGGAGAAGCAAGAUUACUCAAAAUAACAGAAGAAGGCGCAUUGGUUCCGUGGAGAGAAGCGACGCCACAGCGAAUCGGAAAAGCGUCACAGAGUCUUGGGUUGCAGUUGUAUUUUAUUUGCGGCAAGAUCCUCAACCUCAUAGAUAUUUUUAUUAUCAUACAACUGUGAGAACUUCAACGUGCUCCAAAGCUAGCGUUUUGCCUUGGACGUUCGUACAAGUGAAUUUUUUCCAUGUGUGAAGGGGAUAUCGUGUGCACUCCCUUUGUAUUCGAUAAACUGAAAUAACCGAGUUACUGACUGAAAUAAGGGAGAUAGCUUAACAUCGAUCAACUGCUUGCUUAUUUCAGUUUUUCGAAUAGUUUGUUCCUCGCAAAAGUCCUCAUCGCUCAGACAUUCCUUCGCAAGAAAACUCUAAUCUGCGUUCCUCAAGUCCGGGUGUCGUUUUCUCUUUUUCUGGUCGCUUUGCCUCGCUCCGCUACUUUAUGUCUGCAGUCAGCCGAGUCCGGGUGAUGCCCGAUUAGAAGUGGGAGGGUUGGCCCAGUACAGUCUCGCAAGCUUUGGAGAUCAAGAUGGUACUACUACUACGACAGUUGCUGGUGGAGGUACUAGUAGUAGCACUACUGCAGGUCGUAGUACUGCAACGUCAGGAGGAGCAUCUUCUGCGACGGCUUCUUCAACGUCCACUAAAUCAAGAACAGUAACGCUUCUAGGGACGUCAUAUCCUAUGCAACAUGUAGCGCCGAUAUUGUCAGCGCUUGGAGCUCUUGGCGCAGCUGCGUUCUUUUAAGGAGUUUUUUUUUCUCAGAAAAUAAAUGUGCAUGUUGGUUUUCGCCAAAACGUCUUGUUGCCAAGGAGAACUUCUAAUCCUUCCUCUUCUCUUGGCAUUUCAUAAGUCUUUAGUUUGCUUUCAGCACCUUCUAAUGGGUCCUCUUCUGUUGGCAUUUCGAGCGCACGGUCGUCGCCAAGGCGUCAAUGGAGCUGGACCAGGCUGCGGUAACACCUGGAGACUUCACAGUACAAGUCGACUUUCUUCCGAUGGAGUUGUUCCAGUUUGGCCAGUCGGUUAAACCGAAUCAGAUCGCACCUAGCAAUGCGCAGACGAAUACUUUAGAGGAUAUAAAAGUAGAAAUCACUGACGCUCCUGAGGACAGAAAUGCUAAUAGCGAAGUACUAGAGAAGAGAGAUGACGACUUUUUUGGUGGGGGAGAGGGGGUAGCAGACGACGAGUUGAGAAAGUCACAAAGUAUAGUAGCAGGCACUGGCGAAGGAGACACUGGUGGUGGAAUAAAAAGUACUGGUGAAGAAGAUAAAACCGAGACAGUCUUCUAUUCUUCUUCCACCGCUCCGACAACGAAGAAAAGCAGAAUGCUUCCACCCGACACGAACGCUUUCCAUCAGAGCAACUAUCUGCCCGAAUUAAAACGGCACUUUGAAGAUUUGCUGGCUGCGGAACGACAGAAGCGGCAAUUAGACGGCUGUUUCGUGCCUCCGUCUGAUCUUGGGCCGCCGGCUGUAGCGGAUAUAGCGUUCGCACGCGAUUGGACUGGCACGCUGCUGCGGUGUAAAAGACAGGCGGAGCUGGACAAGCAAAUUGAGGAGUUGCGUCGUGACGGAGCUGAUGCGAAGAAAAUAGCGAAAUUGGAGAAGAAAUUGCAAAAAUUGUUCGGAGAAACAAGUACUGGAGGAGGUGACUCGGGAAAUGAUCCAACAGUUGCAAAUGAGGCGACAGGACGAGUGCAAACCGAUAGUAACAACAACGUAGAUCAUCUUCUUGGUACAGCAACAAAGCCUACUUCUCAAGCAGGAAGGACGUCGUUUUCUGUGGUACCAGACCAGCGCCAGAAAGAGGGAGUACACCAAAUGGCGGCAGGUGAAGGGGAGGAAAGAAUAAAUACUGAUGGCUUAGUAAAAAAUGCUUCCGGAGUAGCAGCUGCAACAACAGUAAAGCCGGAAGGGCCUCAACCUCUAGUCAAUGCUAAAGACGAACCAGGAGCAAAGCCCCCUUCAGCACUGGCUAUUUCCAGACCUUCUAGGGGCACAUCUCUGGCGAACUCCGGUCUUCGUGCAGACCCUAAAGCUAGGCAUGUCAUGCGUGCGUUCGUGACGUUUGAACUAGCCUACGACAAGGAACUAGCGGAAGAUCUCUACCAGAAAUCUAGAGGACACUUGUGGCGGCUGUUGUUCCAGUCCAAAGAGAAGAAUUUCUAUUCACACAAACUACGGAUCAUGCCGGCACCCGAGCCGACGAACAUACUGUGGGAGAAUCAAGACUUGCGGUUUCGCGAGUUUUUGUUGAAGAAAAUGGCGGUGGGGGGAUUGACACUAUGAAAAAAGACUGAGAGAAGAUAAAAUGUGUCUGGAAGUUUGUUUCGUGCGAUCUCAUGAAGCUCGAUGUAGAAGGAAGUAGUCUGUAGUUUUCUUUUCUACCCCUGGAGUGGGUACAUUGAUUCACUCACUCAAGGAAUAUUCGUUGCACUAGAUGGAGAUAUUUUGUUGUUUCUUGAGAGAAUAUAUUGCUUGAAUCUUCCUCCCUGUUUCCUCACCACACUUAAAGUCUUACCUUCGCCACACGGAUGCUCUAAUCUCCGUCGGCAUCCUGGUGUUAUUCGGGUACGCCAUCAUGCAGGGCAACAUCUUCGCCAAAGAUCUUAGUGAUAAGAGCAGUUCUGACACCUGUUCAGACCCCGUGGCGAUCCAGAGUAUCCCCACGGCCACUGGCGAGGAGCCUCAGGCGCUAACUUUUACACCAGCUGUGGCGUCUGAGUAUCUACGGAAUGCCACAACAUCGACCGGAUCGGCAAGUGGGAUCUCUCCCAGUUUUAAUAGUUGUCAGUGCGACGCCUUAGGGUAUGGAGCUUUGAUCAGUGAUUCGGAACUGCGUAACGAGUGCGACGGAUAUUUCUGGGACGCGACCGUGGUUGUAGCAUUGACCAGUGUUUUAUCACUUGCAGUGGUGGUAGUGAACGCAGUGCUGAAGACGGUCCUAGUCGCAUUAACUGCGUGGGAACGACCUGCGACAAUAAGCUUAUUAGAGCGAGGUGUGGCGACGAAAGUUUUUGUGGCGCAGUUCGUGAAUACAGCGUUGUUGAUUUUGUUCUUGAACGCAAGACCGUUGAGUGAUCAUUCUUUUGCAAGCGAUGCUCUGGGAACGAAGGGAGAGUAUAGCGAUUACAGUCACGAAUGGUACGCCACUGUCGGAGCAGCAGUGUCUUUGACCUUGGCGAUCAACGUGCUGUCCCCUCACGGCAUCGACGUAGUGAAGAGCUGGGUUCAACGAGUGAAAAUAUCCUGCUUCGCUCAUUGCUGUGCGGGAAAUGAAAGAGAUUUGAAAUUAUGUGCUUUGGGAAUGGAUUUUUUGUAAUUGCAUGGCAUUUGCUGUUUAUUGACUAUCGGACUUUUCUCAGCGUGUCGCUCAAGUAGUGAAUGACUCAUCAGUUAGUGUAUCGCUUAUAAGCGGUGACCAAUUCGCUUAAGUGGUGAAUACUUCAUCACUCAUUCGCUUAAGUGGUGACUCGUUCGUCACUCAUUCGCUUAAGUGGUGGCCUCUUCUAAUAUCUGAAUAUUUUGAGCCUCCGAAAUAUGAGUACGCAGCAAGGUGUGGAUCCGUCCUUAACACGCUGUUUGCGACGCUGUUAUUUGCGCCAGGCUUGCCGAUACUGAUCCCAUUUGCAAUGGUGAACUUUUUCUUAUGAGAGACAUCAGGUUAGAAAUUAAAAUAGGAGGCGAGGAUACUAUGCCUCUACAAGAUUUCCCGUUCUUCAUUCGUUUUAGCGUUUAUAUGACAGCAACAAAUGUGAAGGCCUUAUCGAAUCGCAUCAAAAGAAAGCUUUUCCUUCUCCUCUACAAGAAAGCAGUGCCCUUAUAUUAGUAUUUAUAGGGUUAGCGAUGGAUUGUGAAAUCCUUAAGGGAAUCCUUUAAGUGGCUUCCUUAAGGAGAACGGUUCUCCUUAAGGAAUUCCUAUUACCAAAAGUUAUUAUAACUUUCCUUAAGAGGAAAAAUUCUCCUUAAGGAAGGGCCUUAAGGAAAAUCUGUUAUAGCCCUUGGCUAAUAUUAGACCCCUCCUUAAGGGAUUCGCAAGGACUCGCAAGGCUCUCUAAAGCCCUUGCGCUGCUAGUGCUACGAGUUCACUCAAAGGCACCGCGAACAUGUUGACGCGUUCGCGGCUGUUAGUUUGUAGGCUACUCACGUACCCAGCCACAUCUGCAGCAGGACACUACGCGCCCACCCCUAGCGAAUCGCCCCAACGAACUUCCAGCCGCUACCCUUGUUAUCUAUCGCCCAGCGCCUUCAUUUUUUCGCAAAAACUUCAGGGAGGUCAUUCAAAUACAGAGAAAACGAAACGACCUCCCUGAAGUUUUUGCGAAAAAGUUAGCUCGCUCCCCUUCCGCGACUACCUUCCUUCCGCACACAGCAAUCGACCACAGGAGCGCGCGGCAGCCCUUGGAGAUGGUUAACCAGUAUACUUUUAACCAGCACAAAAGUGGGAGACUUGUAAGGGAGAGGGUGAGCACCUGAAAGGGCAGAGGCUGGCGGGCGCCAUCGUGUUGACUCAUGAGAAGGCCAAAGAUAUACAGCUCUGUGCUUGAAAAUCGAAGCCGUGGAGGACGUCGAUGCCUGUGAGAAUGAUUGAAUGAUAGCCGUGCGCACUUGCAUAGCUAAAGGGUGGACCCUGGUGAGCAUCAUCAUACUCAUGAGAAAGCCAAAGAUAUACAUCUCUGGGCUUGAAAAUUGAAGCGGCUGAGGAUGUCGAUGUCUGUGAGAAUGAUAGCCGUGAGUACUUGCAUGUCUGAAGGGUGGACCUUGGUGAGCGUCAUCACAUCCAUGAGAAGGCCAAAGAGAUUCAUCUCCGUGCUUGAAAAUCGAAGCCGGGUGAGGAUGUCGAUGUCUGUGAGAAUGAUAGCCAUGCGGAUUCGCAUGUCUGAAGGGUGGACCCUGGUGAGCGUCAUCACAUCCACGAGAAGGCCAAAGACGUACAUCUCUGCGCGUGAAAGUCGAAGCUGUUGACUUGAGGACGUCGAUGUCUGUGAGAAUGAUAGCCGUGAGGAUUUGCAUGUCUGAAGGGUGGACCCUGGUGGGUGUCAUCAUAUUUACCCACGAGAAGGCCAAAGACGUACACUUCUGCGCGUGAAAGUCGAAGCCGUUGAUGAUGUCGAUGUCUGUGAGGGUGAUAGCCUUGAGGACUUGCAUGUCUGAAGGGUGGACCCUGGUGAGCGUCAUAACAUCCACGAGAAGGCCAAAGAUAUGCGUCUCUGUGUGUGAAAGUCGAAGCCGUUGAGGAUGUCGAUGGUAAGACGCAAGCAGCUUGUUGUCUGUGAGAAUGAUAGCCGCGAGGGCUUGCAUGUCUGAAGGGUGGACCCUGGUAAGCGUCAUCAUAUCCAGGAAAAGGCCAAAGAUAUACAUCUCUGCGUGUGAAAGUCGAAGCCGUUGAGGAUGUCGAUGACUGUGAGAGUAAUAUGAUAGCCGUGAGGCCUUGCAUGUCUGAAGGGUGGACCCUUGUGAGCGUCAUCAUAUCCAUGAGAAAACCAAAGGCGUGCAUCUCUGCGCGUGCAAGAAAAGUCGAAGCCGUUGGGGAUGUCGAUGUCUUUGAGAAUGAAUGAUAGCCGUGAGGACUUGCAUGUCUGAAGGGUGGACCCUGGUGAGCGUCAUCAUAUCCAUGAGAAGGGCAAGGAUAUACAUCGACCUCAAAAAAGAAGCCGCUGAGGAUGUCGAAAGAAAAGAAAGUCGAAGCCGUUGAGGAUGUCGAUGUCUGUGAGAAUGAUAGCCGUGCGGACUUGCAUGGCUGAAGGGUGGACCCUGGUGAGCGUCGUUUUCAUUAUAUCCAUGAGAAGGCCAAAGAUAUGCGUCUCUGUGUGUGAAAGUCGAAGCCGUUGAGGAUCGGAUGUCGAUGUCUGUGAGAGUGAUAUGAUAGCCGUGAGCACUUGCAUGUCUGAAGGGUGGACUCUGGUGAGCGUCAUCAUAUCCAUGAGAAGGCCAAAGAGAUCCAUCGCCGUGCUUGAAAAUCGAAGCCGUUGAGGAUGUCACCUCCCCAGCCUUCCCUUCCUUGACACAGUGGGAGCCACCUUCCCAGCCUUGGCGAGCAGACUUGGCGACUUUUUUCGUUUGUCUUUCUGUCUCUUAGUAGUCAAUCUGUCUAGUUGUUAACCUAUGCCUGGCGCAGCGGGCCCUUGAUGGGCCCGCUUUCUGGGCACGUAAUUAUAGUCCUUUGAGCUCUAAUGGAAGCGUGCUAUUGGAGCGACAAGUUUUUGCUUUUGAGCUUUUGCCGGCGACCACCACAGUACGACGAAAAAGUUGUGGAGACAAUGAUGUCUUGGAUCCCUUAUGCGUUUCUAGUACACAGCGUCAUGGGCGUGUGGAUGCUGGGAAACGAUGCCGUUUUUCAGUCGGACUUCGUGGAGUAUUUUUCGAGUCGUGCGUCGAAAGCGAAAACUUCUUCUAGUAGUGCGUCAUCGAAUGGGAAAACCACGAUUAUCUUCGCAGUUCCGGACUUCCUUGGGCUCAACGAUGUAGAGAACGUCGUGGAGUCGGACUUAGAUUAUCCAACGCGGUUUGCGCUGCGGUGUAUUCGGGAAGGCGGGUUUCCGUACUUUUGCCUGCUUUUGAUCGUCUUGGGCUACUUCGCGGCGUCGCUGGUGAUGAGCUCCUAUGAAUAGAAUUUUCUAUCUUCAGUUCGCAAGUAGAUGCUCACUGUUAAUAUUUGCCAUUAGAGAUGACGGCCGGAUCGCCAGGAGCUGUCCGUAUUUUUCGGUUUCUUAAGGUAAGGACUUCGACAGUGUGUUAUGGUUUUUCUCUCAGGUCUUUCUUUUUUCUUCUAGUUACAGAUCGGCUCCACCACAAUGAUAGCUGGCAGUUGUUGUUGUUGUUGUGUGGUAGUGAUCAAUAGAAUUUAGAGGAAGUAGUGCUGGGAAAGUAGCUUGUCUUGGUUAUAAAAACGUGCUACAAGAAGAAGAGCAAUAGUAAGCUAUUUAAACUACAAGUAGAGCAAGAAGCUCCAGAGUGUAGUUAGCAUUGUUGCCGUUUGUUCCAUGAUCCCGCCCUACCUCUAAUCCCCUCUCCGUCUCGGCUUUGCCAUUUGUUGUAGCCCCAUAGCGGAUGCGAUACAGGAGAAUGGCGGUAGUUCCAAGGGUCAGCUAGCAAGAGAAGGCUUCGCAGAAGACGAAACUACAUACUCGUACGGUUUCCCCUAAUCCAUCUCCAGAAGCAUCUUGAAGCUGUCCUCCGUAAGAGGGAAGGAGCACCAGGAUGCGUCUCGAGAUGGUGGGGAUAAGUAGGGUAAGCUCUAAUACUCGGAACAAAAGAAGCUCUGGCGAGAAGCAAGGAUGUGUCCUGGGUACCAGCUUGGAGAUCACCCUGAAUGGCGGGAACUGCUCAAGGGAGUAGAGUGGCUUUCUAGUAGUGAUAGGAAUGCUAAUGAAAGGCGGACGGCUAAGAUUUCUAGUGCAUCCACGACAGCCAAAGCACAGGAUGAAGCAGAGACGUUGGACACUUUUGAUCUAGAAAGUUUUGACGACGACGCUGACUUCUACGAUGACUUCUACAGUAGCGAGACGACUGUGGAUGAUGAGUAGUAGUUCGUUCUUACAAGAGAUCCUUACUCGGAGGUUGUGUGAGGAUGCUAUGCCUCUACAAGAUUUCCCGUACUUCGUUCGUUUUAGCGUUUAUAUGACACCAAUCACAACUGUUCUUGUUAGCGUUUAGAUGACAUCACCACAUCUGCAAAGAUUAAAUUACAAGGGUAACUUCUUGCGUGCGUUUAGAUGACUUUGACAUCACCAAUGGCAGUACAGCCCCAUAUGAUAUCGACAUCAACAACAGCAAUGCAUCCUUUUAGGCUGCCAAGCCAAUGAGACGUAGUUUGUAAAAGGCCAGCGCAUACACGAUGGCGACUGAAUCCUUGCGCGAUGAUGAUCUAUGAUGAGAUAGAGAGCUUUAAUAUUUUGAAGACUAACUACGAACUCGGAGUUGUCGAUGAAGAACUUGUAGAACUUUAUUUCCUGAUUCACUCUAACGAGCAGGCACGCAGAAGGAAUAUGAAGAGAUGUUAUAAUAUUGCAAUUGCAAAGAAGACCAGGAGAAUGAACUCUCUGGAAAGUUUGGGAGCAU